AUGUACUGGAUGAUAACAGCAGUUUUUAAAACUACUAUUGGAUGGCUUGUGGAGAAAGGCAGAGAAAAAGUAGCAGAAAAACUUAAAUAUGGCGACGUAACAGAUCAACAGCUUCGCGGCAUCAUCAUACGUGAAAUUGACGAUGUGAAGUCUAAGCUGGAUGGAAUAUCAAAGAAAGAGUUGAAAACAAGUAUAAGCUCCUUUAGAGAAGGAAUCGAGUACCUGUAUAAAGUAUUUGAAGAGACUAGGUCGAGGGAUGAGCUUACUGAAUAUGCCACAAGGCAGCUCGCCACUGCAAAAGACAGAUUCAAAUUUGCUCGUCAAAUGGCAACCAUUGCUUUUUCAAAUGAAGCAUUAUCAACAACUGACCGCAUCUUAGCAAUGCAGUACCGAGUGAUGGCAACAGAAUUAGAAACAAUAGACCAUCCCGCAGAUGCUGUAGCAUCAUGUAGAGUGUGUAUCGAAGAGCUAAACAGUCUGCCGGUGGUUCAGCAAAGUCUUCAAGAGCAGCUCAGGACAGGUAUCAUGGCAGUGAAGGCUUUAUUUAGCAAAGAAGAACGACGGAAAGUUAUUUCCGGUGUCUGUCUUAUCAAUCGUGUCGUCUACGAUGUCACACAAACAGUAUCCGUUAAAGAACCAUUGCCACAAUGGCCCAUGAUUGAUACAGGAAAAGAGAAAGUUGAUCUGCUGCGAGACCGGAGAGUAACAAAAAUACUUUGUAGACAGGGUAUGGAGAACUGUAGUGUGUCAUGGAUACUUGGUCAUUAUGGCGAAGAGGAGCACAGGUUAAAUAAUCCGAGUGGUAUCGCUACCAACUCAAGCGGGCAAUAUAUUGUAGCAGACUGUGACAAUACAAUCAAGGUGUUUGACAAGAGUGGCAAGAUUGUGCAACGUUUCAGAGUUCCUGCUCCUCUUUUAGAUGACAUGGGUAAGCAGCUAUCCUUUACAUACCGGGUGGUUCAUCUGGUCGCAGACAUAAAUGACAACAUUUAUGUGCCGGUCAAAGAAACCAGUUGUGAGGACUCAUACUGGAUUUCUAAGUUUAACAAAACUGCUGACGAGCAUAACAGUUUUCGCGUCAGGACAAUGGGCUGCGAAUGCAAACUGUCAGUCAGCGUUAGUGGUAAAGUGGUGGUACUGAAGAGAAACUCUGGAGAGAGUUAUGGGAUUGUGGAUGUUUAUGAGGCUAAUGGUCAGUUUGUUUGCAGUUUUGGAAGACAAAUCUUGUGUUACCCGUGCGACAUCACUACUGUAAGUGAUGGUAGAGUUAUGGUGGUGGAAGGAUGGCUUUCGACGCCAGGUGUUCACAUAUUCAGCGAACAGGGUGACCAUCUAAACAGGUUUGAUCUGCAAAGGUUUCUGAGAUCUCCAAAAAUUGCAUUUCACAGGGAAAGUCAACAAGUCGUCGUGGCCGGUAAUAAGGAAUCAGACAUCUUGUAUGUAGGGAUAUACACCAGAGAUGGUGAGUUUGUGCGAAGUACUCUUAUCCAUAUGGGAGAGUCCUUUAUUCCGAAUGGGAUUGCAGUGACCACUGAGGGACGCAUUGCAGUGGUAACCUGGAUUCCAGGUUCAACAAGAAAAGUAAUCAUCAUUUAA